AUGUAGGAAAUUUAGAUGGUAGUGCCUUAUCGAUAAAAUAUUGGCAAAUCGAUAAUAUUUUAUCUUCUUUGCAUUUUAUCGUUCGGUUUAGUCUAUGUAGUCGCUACUUGGCAUUAUAAGAUUUGGGCAAUAUUAAGAAUGUCUAAGUGUGAAAUAUUUGCGGCAGAGUAUUUUAGAAUAGACUCAAAAGAUGGUACAUAAGUAAUUGUUCCAAGCCAUCAUUAUAUGUAAAAAGGAUUAGAUUAUAUUGUAAAAUUGCAUAUAAAUUUAGGGUUUCAAUUAUAGAUAUCAAAGGUUUAUCUACAGAUAGGGAAGAUUUGAAAAAAUUGUCUUUUAACUUUAGGAUAAUAAAGGCGCUCAUCAGAGGGAUCAUUUGAGGUCAGUAGAAUAGUUGAAAGAUUAUUAAGACCUUUAUGGAAUUAAUUCGACAGAAAUUCCAAGAAAACCAAUUUUAUCAAUCCUUAUCGAUGAAUUAAUGCAUCCUUUAUUUGUUGUGUAGCUUCUUUAAAUAUUUUUAUGGAUUUAUGAAGAGUAUACCAGUUAUGCUAUAAUAUUACUGUUGACAUCAAUUAUUUCAAUGGUUGACACUUUAUUUGAAUACAGAGAGAGUUAUCGUGAAAUCAGAUUGAAUUCUAAAUUGGAGCAUGAAGUAAAAAUCAUUAGAUUUGGAUAAAAAAUAACAAUUCAUUCAAGAGAGUUAGUACCAGGAGAUAUUAUUUUAAUUGAGCCUUUUCAGGUGAUUGCUUGUGACUGUGUACUUAUAGAGGGCACUUGUAUUGUGUAGGAGUAAUUUUUGAAUGGUGAAUAAACUCCUAUAACAAAAAGCAAUUUGCCAGAUGAUGAUUAAGCUUUUGUUUAAAAGGAUGGAAAUAUGUUAUAUAUGUCAACAUUUUGUUUGAGAGCAGAUGAAAAUUGCUUGGCUUUUGUAGUCUCGACAGGUUUUAAUACCAAGAAAGGUGAGUUAAUAAGAGAAGUGAUGUUAACUCCUGAUUAUUCAUUUGAUUUCUAUGAUGAUAGUAUGAGAUAUUUAAAAUAUUUAAGUAUUGUGGCGAUAGUAGGUUAUUUAAUUGCUUUGCCAUUUAAGAUUUAUUUUUUAAUAACUUAUCCCUUUAUAGAGGCUACCGAUCUUAUAACUGAUAUACUAGAUCUAUUGGCAGUAUGUGUACCACCAACUCUGCCUACGACUUUAUAAAUAGGGUUAAGUUUAGCGUUGAAGAGAUUUAAAAAGAAAAAGAUAUAUUGUUUCAAUCCAAAUAAAAUAAAUUUAGCAGGUGUGGUAAGUUAAGUCUGUUUUGACAAAACAGGAACACUAACAGAGGAUGAACAGAGACUUUAUGGAGUAAUUGAAAUGAAUAAUCAGGGUUAAUUGAAUCCGCUUUUGAAGGAUUUCGAUAAUUUAAACAAAAUAAUAAGAUUAGUUAUGGCAUGUUGUAACAAUAUUGUAAACGAAGAAGAAAUAAUUUAUGGAGAUCAUUUAGACUUGGCAUUAUUCAAGAAUAGUUCUGCAAAGAUUUUUUAUAGAACAGUGUUGUUGGAUGGAAUAAAUUAUGAUAUUGUAAAAACGUUUGAAUUUACAUAAGAAUUAUAACGAAUAUGUUGUAUUAUUCAUAAUUAAUAAAAUCAUAAUAAAUAUUCAUUGGUUAAGGGAUCUCCUGAGAAGGUAAAACAAAUAUGUGAAAAUAUUCCAGAAGAUUACACUUCAGUUUUUAAAUAUUAUAGUCAUCAUGGAUUCAAAGUUAUUGCUUGUGCAUAUAAACAAUUAUUACAAGAAGAUGUAAUUCCUACAAGAGAGUAUUCGGAAUCAAAACUAACUUUUCUAUGUUUUUUAGUAUUAGAAAAUAGGGUCAAAGAUAAUGCAGAAUAAGUGAUUUAAUAAUUAAAAAGUGCCAAAAUAGAUAUCAUUUUAGUAACUGGAGAUAAUGUAUUAACUUCAAUGAGAGUGGCUAGAUAGACUAGAGUAGUUGAAGAAAACGAAUAAUUGGUAUAUGGAGAACUGGCAGAAAAUAACAAUGAAUUAUAAAUAGAUUGGAAGGAUAUGGAACAAUAAUUUAAAGAAAUUGAAAAUUAAAUGCAUAAUGACACAAGAACAUUGUGUGCUGAAAUUCUAUAACAGAAAUUGCCUAAUUCAAUUAGUAAAUUCAACUUUGAUGCUAAAUCUUGUGAGAAUUUGGACAAUAAUAUUGCUAUUGUCAACGAUGAAGCAUAAGAACAAUUAUAAAGGUCAGCCACUCUAGCAAUUACAGGCAAGUUGUUCACUUAUUUAAUGGAUUAAGCUAAAAAUAAUAAAGACUAUAAGUAUAUUGAUUAGUUAAUAACCAAAACUAAAGUUUAUGCUAAGAUGAGAAGAGAACAUAAGGCUGAAUUGAUUAAUUACUUGAAAACUAAAAAGUAGAUAGUCUUCUGUGGUGAUGGAGGUGCUGAUAUUUAAGCUAUGCGUACUGCAGAUGUUGGAAUAAGUUUAACAAAUACAAAAUUGUCCUUAGCAGCUCCAUUUACAUCUGGAUAAGAGGAUUUAAGUACAGUACCAAUCAUUCUAAUUGAAGGCAGAGGAGCUUUGACUACCUCAUUUCAAGCUUUUGAAUAUAUGACAAUGUGUUCAUUAGUACAAUUUUUAAGUUGCACAAUCUUGUAUUUCCAAUAUUCAUACAUGACAAAUUCCUAAUUUCUUAUUUUAGAUUUAUUUGUUGUAUUACCACUAAGUAUUUUAAUGACUUACACUAAUAAUCUUACGAAAUUAACAACAGAAAUCCCUUAAAGGAGUUUGGUUAGUGUAGAAGUGUUAUCAAUAAUAUUAGGAUAGUGCUUUAUUUAGAUGACAUUUUAAAUGCUCAUUUAUCUUAUAUUAAUUUAUUAAGAUUGGUAUAAGGAUCCUGUGACAUUAUCUCAUGAAGAAUAUGGUGAAGCAGGUUUUAUGCAAUCAUUUGAAGCUACGUCAUUAUUUUUAGUUACUAAUUUCUAAUAUAUUAUGUUAUCAGUAUCAUUAUCUUAUGAUCCUAGAUUCAAAAAACCAUUUUAUUCUAAUAGACCUUUUACAUUUUAUUUGAUUCUCCUAGUCAUACUUGAGUUAUAUUUGCUUAUGUUCACAUAUAGGGAUGACACAGAAGACGAUUAUCUAAAUGUAUAAAUAUUUAUUGAUUUUAAAAGCUUACAUUCAAAGUGAAAGGAUACGAAAUGCCGCAAUCAUGGCUCAUGUUUCUGCUUGGGAUGAUUAUAUUGAAUUCUACUUUAACUCACACCUACUAAAUUUAUGGAGUUCCAUAUGUUAUUAUAAAAAUGAAAAAUAAAUUAUGA